AAGAACAUAGAAGAAUAUCUUUUUUCUUUUUUCGAUGUGAUUCAGUCAGACUGAAAUAUUGACCUGGAAAAUGGAUAACUUCUAUUGAAAGUGGCACUACGCCAAACACAAUAAUCUUAAACGAACGGUGCCAUGUUGUGUGGCAUCUUUGUUUGCGAUUGCACGUAAACGCGUGAACAGUAUCGUAGUCUACGACUAUUUAUUGGGCAAAGUUUAUUUGCACAGCGGACGUUGCAACUUAAAAUCGCACGCGCCGACACCGUUCUCCAGACGGGAGUUGUACGACCGCUGUGGCCGUUUGUUUGAACUGGCAAAAUUAGUGAACUUUCGGGUCGCUAACUGUUACGACGUUCGGAAACGAUGAAAACGCCUGAAUGUCGCCAAUGGUUCCCCUUCACUGCCAGAACUUUGCUGCUUAACUGAUCAAAUUCUGUCAACUUUGUCCGUAAAUUUUCCGCCGAUUAACAUCGACCAAGACACGUACCAUAAAACUAUGAUGAUUAAGAUAAAACCAUUAGUCAACGAAACACACACGCAGAUACAAAUGAUGGAGUAACGUUUAAUCAUUCAGCGUUUCGAUAAUCUCUGAAAGAAAUUCUAGUAAGCAAAUAUACACAAGAUAUGGGUUAAUCAUAGAUAUCGUGACUGAACGAAGAUAUAAGUGGAACCGAACAUUGUCACGAUGAAACAAUUAUUCUGUAUCAAUACUAUCUAUCUUUCUAAUUGCUGAUCAUAAAUUUCGGCAAUUACCAUUUGAUUUUACCUUCGAAAUUCGAACUAGUAAGGCAACGGAUGAUACUUUUUAUGGAAUGGCCUGAUACAAAAAGAUUCGACACGAAAUUUAAUUAUAACACGCAUGACUCACGAAAUAUAUACCUUUCAUCGAAAUUAGGCUGAUAUGAAAAAUGUGAGAUAUAAAAAGUCUAUAAUAAAACCAUCAAUUCAAAAAUAAAAUCACCGCUGGAAAAUAAGAGGUGAACGCACUAUGGCCCAAUAUCUUACGACGUAUAAAAAGGAUUACACGUGGCCUUCGACCAGGUACAAACGUAAGAUAACUUCGCUAAGCGAGUAUGCUUCUUGUAAAUGCCAUGAUCGUCCACGAGAGAUAAAGCCCCUUGUACGUUGCGGGGACGAUUACGACUGGAGUCGCACGGGUCCCAUGGGGCGGCUUCUGGACCCAAAGCUUUAUCCUGCAAAAACGGGACCGCAUCCGGAAACUGAAGCCACGAGAUUCGAUCAACCAGCCACGUACAUGAGAAAGUUGGAAGAGAAACAUCCUAAUCUCUAUGGAGUUCUACAGAGUACUCCUAUCGACGAAGUAAUUAAACGCGUUGACGAAGAUCGACUGAAGACAACAUACCAGUUGGAUUAUUCUGACAAAGGUAAAUUUUAUGAAAAUGCAACUAAGAAUAUACGCGUAUAAUUUCGGAGAACAUAAUUGUCGAUCGAGAUAAAAAUGUAAAAACUCUGAGCCAGUUAAA